AUGAAAGCAGCACCGCGCACGGCGGCGUCGCCGGACGUGACGCUCCAGGUGAAGAACUGGCCGCUCGACAAGUUCAAGGAGCGGCACGGCUAUAACUACGACUACGUGUUUGUCUUCAAGGUCCACGACGAGGAGAGCACGCUCACGGAGGCGCAGACACUGUUCUCGAUGCGCCUCAUCCUCCAGCGGCUCGCGGGCGCCGGUCUCGAGACCAAGCUCUUUUACUCGUCGUCGCGCGAUCUCGUCUUCUGCAAGAUCCGCGCGUCCCUCCAGCGGCUCUGCAAGGAAGCCGACCGCAUCGACCUCAAGCUCGAGUUCGACCCCAAGGCGCUCAAAGAGCUGGCCGAGGCCGGCAACCCCGACCACAGCAUUGCCCCCAUCACAAUUGCGGAAGAGUGCGAUCUGACAUCCCGCGGGCCGUAUCAAAACAUCUUUGGCAAGUACGAUAUGGACGAACGGCUCCAACCGGUCUAUAAGAAGUACGGUCCGGUUGGCAAGCAGAUUCCGUUCCGCGGCGUUGACCGCAUCAAGCUCAUUAACUCGAUCAUUCAUGCCCACACGAGCGACGGGGGCUGCCAUCUCAACACGCAGAUGCUCGAGAUGAAGAAGUGCCUCGUCUCGAGCUUUCCGCUCCACGACUUUGACGAGCGCGACAAGCUCAACGAAAAGUGGAUCAGCUGGUAUUGA